AUGGCAGACCAGACAGACCGCAUUGGGCAGCUCGAAAGGAGGUUGAGAGUUAUAGAAGACAGAGAACAGUUGGGAGCGUUGCUCAAUCGCUACUGCUAUAUUGCCGACGCGAGAGAUUGGAAAAGCUAUUCAGAGACGUUCACCGAGGAUGGCUCAAUGCACUAUGAGAGUUGGCCAGAAGUGCGCGGGCGAGAGGCCAUUGCGAAGGCCGCAAGUGCAGAAAACAUCUUUGAGGGCCUUCAACACAGCAUGACGAAUUUUCAGUUUGAGGUAGAUGGCUCUGACCGGGCAACUGGCCGCUCUUACCUAUGGUUUGCUGCCACCCCGAGGACCGCAAACCCGGCGGAUAACUAUUCAUUCGGCGGCCCUUACCAUUUCGACUUCGUACGCACGUCUGAAGGGUGGCGCAUCUCGAGGAUGCGGUUAAAGAAGAUUUGGGCACACGGACAGGACUCUUUGGGAGUUUUCGGUUAG